UUUCUGGAAUUCCCGAAUUUUUCAAGUUCAUUUUUUUUUUUCCGCACAUCAGAGGGGGAAAAAAUAAAAAUAAAGGAAACAUAAAACGCCAAAUUCACUUCUUCUUCUCAAGGACUGUUUCUAAGUCACAGUCACAGAAAGAGGAGGAGAUAGUUGAAUUGAAUUUACUCUGAUAACAAGCAUUCUUAUUAAUGGAUGGUUCUGUUCUGAGUCGGAGGGGUUUGACUUUGGAAGCCUCGAAAAUGGAGCCAUCACCCCAAUUAUUCAAAUCCCCCGGACGGUCCUCUCCGUCCUGGAAUCUCGCUCUACCCACUUUUUCUUUCUCUUUCCCUUUCUUAUUGCUCACAUUACCAUUCUCACUACAAUCUCCUUUCUAUUGUGUAAGUGUAUAUACAUUAUAUAUAGAUAUAUAUUUAUACACGCGCACACAGUUCCUUGAGAUCCACAAUCUCGCCUUUUCCCUUCCCAAUUUUGGCGGUUGCCCUUGCGUGCUGUUCAAAAAGAUCGCAUUCACGCCUUUUGCAUGAAUCUUUAAGUGAUUGAAUGAAAAAGAACGCAGAUCAAGGCCAUAGUUUCUGAGAUUCUCUGACUGGGGAGAGUUUCUGAGAAGUAUCUGAAAUUUUCCGCCUCUUUGUUUAAUUUUUUUUGGCAGUUUUUUCGGAGGCGUUUUUUCAUCAACGUUUCGGAUAUUUUUUUUCAGGUGUUUGUAAAAUGUCAUCUGAAUUCAGCUCAAACGGAGCUCAAAGCCAUGAAUUCGACUGCGAGGAUCCGGUGAAUGCCUCCACUAGAAGUAUAGCUACAAAUGCAGAACGUAGAGCUCUCAUUGACAGAUUUUUUAGAGGGAACAGAGGAGCAGUUAGCAGUCAUGGAAUUGAGGUUGAUGGGGAUGAAAAGCGUGAACAUGGAAUAGGGAAAAAGUCGGGACCCUUUUUGUCUGGGGCAGCUUAUUGCAUUUCUUCUUGUAGCAUGAUUUUGCUGAAUAAAGUUGUUCUAUCGGGUUAUAACUUCAAUGCUGGGAUAUCAUUGAUGUUUUAUCAAAAUCUAAUUAGUUCUCUAGUUGUUGUUCUGCUGGGCUUCACUGGAGCGGCUUCGGUGGAAAAGCUUAACUCGAAGUUGAUUAUGGUCUGGAUUCCUGUCAAUGUAAUCUUUGUUGGCAUGCUUGUAUCAGGCAUGUAUAGUUUGAAACACAUAAAUAUAGCAAUUGUGACCAUUCUGAAGAAUAUGACGAAUAUCUUAACAGCAAUUGGAGAAUUGUACUUGUUCCGGAAACAUCAAAAUCAGAAAGUGUGGACUGUAAUGUUCUUGAUGAUUAUUUCUGCUAUAAGUGGUGGUAUCACGGAUCUUUCCUUCGAUAUAGUAGGUUAUGCAUGGCAAGUUUUGAAUUGCGUUCUAACUGCAAGCUAUUCGUUAACUCUACGGCGGGUCAUGGAUGAAGCAAAGAAAGCUACAAGAUCAGGAUCUCUAAAUGAAGCUUCGAUGGUGUUGCUGAAUAAUCUGUUAUCUCUACCCUUUGCCAUCUUCUUAAUUCUCCUUUUUGGUGAAUGGGAAUAUGUAAUAAAUGCGGAUGUCACCAAACUGCCAAUGUUCUGGGUAGUUGCAACAGCUAGUGGGUUGCUUGGGCUCGCCAUCAGCUUCACCUCUAUGUGGUUUUUACAUCAGACUGGCCCCACCACUUAUAGUCUGGUGGGUUCCUUAAACAAGAUCCCUAUCUCCAUUGCUGGUUUAGUGUUAUUCAAGGUGCCGUUGAGUCUAUCAAACUCCUUCAGCAUACUGUUUGGUUUAUUUGCUGGAGUCUUCUUUGCCAGGGCCAAAAUGUCCUGAUUCGAAACCUGACAUUUUUUUUUUCUUUUGCGUGGUGGCUGCAUGAUCAGAUACGAAGAAAUUGAGUACAGGAGUCGGCUUACAAGCUUGCAAGAGUAGGAUGAGGAUACUUUUUUCCCCAUUUUUACCAAUACACAUUUAUACAUGAGGUCUAUAGCAUCUCUUUUCGUGAUUUAUUGCCUUCUAAUUCUUUCAUUGAAUUGUAAAAGAGACUGAAAUC